CCUCCACCGUCUCUCCCUUAAUCCCAUUUGCCAUUGUACAUGCCCAAUCGCCUAUACUUUCCGCAUUUAACUUGGAUGACACUUUUAUUUCAUCAUUAGCAACAGCCUGACUGACACGGUGGACACAGUUUGCGUUUUGACGAAAGAGCCCGGAAUGACACAUCUUCAUGCUUAUGCAUCUUUCAUUUACUUUUUUUUUUUUUUUUUUUUGUUAGCGCUCAAACCUUUUAUUUGAUUACUUCUUCAGUCUAGAAGGACGCGUGUUUUGACGCGCUCUGCGGGUGUUAAAUCAACGAGAAGAGUAAAAGAGGAACUGGGAAGCCAGUACACCGACUGCGUGUAAGUGAGCCUUGCCUUUUCUUUUUUCUUCUCUCUUUUAAUUCCUGCUUCCGUGGUCCUUCUGCGUUCAGACCGCAAACACAGCGAUGCCAGAGACAACGCAAGAGACGUGCGCUUCGGCCAAGGACUCUCCUUUCUUCAUCAAGAACCUGCUGAACUGCGAUAGCAAACCGUCCAAACCGAAGCCCGUUCUGGCCGCAACCAAGGCGGCUUUGGAGGGAGGAUUUUCAUUUUCCCAGGUGGGGGAAUUCAGCUUUCCGCGCUUCGACCUGCCCGCGCAGAGAUUCAGUCUACCGGCUCACUACCUGGAGCGCACCUCGGCGUGGUGGUACCCCUACGCCCUGAGCUCAUCCUCCCACCUCCACAGAACCGAAGUUAUUGAAAAACUAGCAGCCAGGGACUCCUCUCCAACUUCGGGCACGGACAGAGACUCGCCGGACCUGGUUCUCAAAUCCGAGCCCGACGUCAAAGAUGACGACGACGAAGAUGAACACAACAACAAAAGUGGCGACGAGAUCAUCCUGGAGGAGAGCGACACGGAGGAAGCCAAAAAGGACGACCUGGAGGAAUGGAAGAAGAGGGACGACGACAAGAAGCCGUGCCGCAAGAAGAAGACGCGCACCGUGUUCUCCCGCAGCCAGGUGUUCCAGCUGGAGUCCACCUUCGACAUGAAGCGCUACCUGAGCAGCUCGGAGCGAGCCGGCCUGGCCGCGUCCCUCCACCUGACCGAGACUCAGGUGAAGAUCUGGUUCCAGAACCGGAGGAACAAGUGGAAGAGGCAGCUGGCCGCGGAGCUGGAGGCGGCCAACCUGAGCCACGCCGCGGCUCAGAGGAUAGUCCGGGUGCCCAUCCUCUACCACGAGAACUCGGUCUCGGAGAGCGGAGGCGCCGGUGCCAACGUGCCCGUGAGCCAGCCGCUGCUCACCUUCCCGCAUCCCGGCGUCUACUACUCGCAUCCCAUCGUCACGUCCGUGCCGAUGCUCAGACCAGUUUGAAAAAGAAGAAAAAAAAGCUGAGUCUUGCGGCACAACUUGGUGUAGAUUUUCAAAGUCAUCCAAAAAGUAAAAAGAUUAAAAAAAAAAGACUUCAUAUUUUUGUACAAAUGACUGAAUGAAGGAAAAGAAAAACAGAGACACGCGGACGGGCCUACGUGGACCUUUUUUUGGCAGAUACAUUGUGUCAUUUUUCCAAAAGUUGGCCGUUUACACGUGAUCCGACAACUCAAAUCCCAUGUUUUAUGUUAUUAUCACUGUUAAAAUGAUCUCAGACAUAUGUAUUUAUCACCUCAGGAGUCCAUCUGGUUUACAUGUGUGUAUUUCUUACAGCACGACUCUUUCUGGACGGGCCAACUCCGCGACAUUUCUUUUUUAAACUUGUUUACAAAAAUUGGCGAAGCUGAACGCGCGGGCAUAUUUGCCGUCACAGAACGCGUUACACGACGACGUGCAAUCCGCUAAAGGUGUGCCGUGAAUUAAUGCAUCCAAACGGAAAACUUGGUUUGACAUCGGUAGAAUAUUGGUGUGGUUUUGCUGUAAUUUCCUUUUUUUUAUUUUCUAAGCGCUUGACGGGGGACAAUCAAAACACUAUCAACUGUAAAUUACCAUGUGGCUUUAUGUUGAGUUUUAGUGAGUCCCAUGUUUUCUCUGAAUGGACACAAGCACAAGUGUGAGCUGCCAAUGUCGCUUAAACUACUGUGUGCUUUUGAACAGGAGCAGCAACAAAAAAAAAAGUCGACUACACUAGUGUAAAAAAUAUGUAAAUGUAUAUAUUUAAUGAGGAACUGGGAGAGAGCUGCCAAUUCUCAUUUGUACAGUAAAAAAAAAACAUUUUGAUAUUGUAUUGCUGAACCAUGUUGUGAAAUAAAUGGAGAAUUCCUUACAUUUUA